AUGGCAAUGAAUCCAUCGUUCAAUAAAUGGGUUAAGGAGUCUCCGACAUUAUCAUCAAUGUGCACAUUAUUUUCAGCUAUUGAUAUACAAAUAUUAAACACUUUAUCGUCGGAUUUAUUUGGUCUUAUAAUAUUUUCAGCUCCUUUUACUCAAAGAUCAAAAAAAAUAAUGCUUUGGGGUGUUUUCAUAAUCAUUUUUGUUGAAGAUAUACCUCAAAUCAUUAUCCAAGGUCUAUAUUACAAUAGUGUCAUAACAUAUGAUCUUAUUCCAUCUCUUGUGCUUGCAUCUGGUGGAUUAGUUAUAGCAAAUAAAUUAGUUCUAAGGUCAUAUCACGCGUUAUUAAG